AUGAGUGACUACUCAGCGGUAGCUCCGCCUCAGAAUUUCAGCCAGAGUUCGGCGUUUGCCGCGGCAUUACAACGUUUCAAUGAUGAAUUUUCAGAACCAGAGACAAAAAAAUUGGCGCCAGAUCCAUUAAUUGGAAUGAGAGGAGGACCAAUAAGUGGAAUGAGUGACAAUGGCGGGAACCGAGGAGGUCCAGUAUCAUCACCAACACCAGGCUUGGGAGGUAUAUGCACUGAAGAUAUCAGAGUUCCGGACAAAAUGGUCGGAUUAAUAAUUGGACGAGGUGGUGAACAGAUAACGAGGUUGCAAAGUGAAACAGGGUGUAAAAUACAAAUGGCACCCGAAAGUGGCGGUCUGCCUGAACGUCUUUGUACCCUAACGGGUCCAAGAGAAGCUGUCAAUCGUGCCAAGGAUUUGGUACUGUCAAUAGUUAAUCAACGGUGUCGCUCUGAAGGAGGAGGUAUGGGUGAGAUGAAUAUGCCUAACCCGAAUGCAGGAGGUGGAAACGGUGGGGGUGGUGGCAAUAACGGAGGUGGAGGAGGUGGUGGUGGUCCCAUGAUAAGUAACAACAGUCACCCGGGAAGCUUAGAAAUUAUGAUUCCUGGUCCCAAAGUUGGAUUAAUUAUCGGAAAAGGUGGCGAGACCAUUAAACAGCUUCAGGAAAAAUCUGGAGCUAAGAUGGUUGUAAUUCAAGAUGGACCUUCUCAGGAACAAGAAAAACCUCUAAGAAUAACUGGAGAUCCACAAAAAGUUGAGUACGCUAAACAACUAGUCUAUGAAUUAAUAGCAGAAAAAGAAAUUCAAAUGUAUAACCGUGGACCGAGAAAUAAUGACCGUAAUAGUUUUUCAAACGACAAUGGUUUUAAUAAUCAUGGCCCUUCGUCAUCGAAUAACGGUGAUAAUUGCGAAGUAUUAGUCCCAAGAGCGGCUGUUGGUGUCGUAAUUGGCAAAGGCGGUGAUAUGAUUAAAAAAAUUCAGUCUGAAACUGGAGCACGCGUACAAUUCCAGCAGGGAAGAGAGGAAGGUCCAGGUGACAGAAAAUGUUUACUGUCUGGAAAACCACAGGCUGUUGAGCAAGCGCGUCAACGAAUUCAAGAGCUCAUUGAUAGUGUAACGAGACGAGAUGAUAGACCGCCUCAAGGAAGAGGUGGCCCGCGUGGUAACGGGUUUGGCGGAGGUAACAAUAACAAUGGUGGAGGCGGAGGUUGUCCUAAUGAAUACGGGGGCUGGGAUCGUCGUCAAGGAGGUGGUAAUAUGCAAGAUAAAAUAGAAGCUACGUACAAUGUACCUUCAAUAAAAUGCGGAAUAAUUAUUGGCAAAGAUGGUAAGACAAUUAAACAAAUUAACCAGCAAACAGGAGCACACUGUGAACUUGAUCGCAGAAAUUCAGGAACUGAGAAGAUUUUCUUCAUUCGCGGUUCUCCGGAACAAGUUGAACACGCUAAAAGGAUAUUUAAUGAAAAAUUAGGCGUGCAAAAUGACCCAAUGCACGAUUUCCAAGGAGGAAAUGCAGCAUACGCUGGUGCUCAAGGUGCAAUAGGCUAUAAUCCCACAUGGAAUGCAAGUGCAGGUUAUCAGACAUGGCCUACUCAAGCUCAACCAGCUGACCCUGCUGCUGCAGCACAACCAGUGCAAAUAAACCCUCAAACAGGACAACCAGAUUACAGUGCCCAAUGGGCAGAAUACUACCGUUCCUUGGGUAUGCACCGUGAAGCUGAGUUAAUCGAACAACAAUCCAAGCAAGGUAAAGGCGAUCCAUCUCAGCAACAAGCAGCAGUUGCCGCCGUUCCAACUCCUGGUGCUGCAGCUGCUCAGACAGCUCAACAGCAACCGCAAGCGAACCAACAAGCUCAACAGCAAAAUGCUGCCCAGAAUGGUGGCCAGGCGGACUACAGUGCUCAGUGGGCUGAGUACUAUCGCAGUAUUGGUAAAAUGAAGGAAGCCGAGGCUAUAGAGGCCCAAAUGAAAGCUGGAAAGGGCAAUCAAAUGCCUCAAGCUCAAAUGCAACAGCAAACAAUGCAAGCUCAAACCGGAGCUGCAGCUGCUCCACCAACGCCAGCAAACGCUUUUCCACAAGCAUACGGAGCCUAUCCGGGGAUGAAUCCUGGCUCAACACCCGGUAAUUACUAUGCCGCAGGUGCUGGUGCUCCACAGCAACCGAAUCCAGGACAACAGAAUCCGGGAUUCCCAGCUGGCUAUCAGAAUUACUCUUACUCCCAGCCCAAUGCUGAUAAUUAA